CCAUUCUCUCCUUAUUCUGAAGUACUGCAAUCCCGUGAUGCCGUUUCAUCGGCGAAUGUAGCGCGUGCGCCGUUGAAGCUGACAAGAGGCCUUACUGGUCCAAAGCUUGUUUGCACCCCGCGUCCCUCUCCUUGAGGCAGUCGUGCCUUUUGGGAGGACGGGAAGAUGAGUAGCUCUGAGGAGGUAUCUUGGAUUUCCUGGUUUUGUGGUUUGCGUGGCAAUGAGUUCUUCUGUGAGGUGGAUGAAGACUACAUCCAAGACAAGUUCAAUUUAACUGGCCUCAAUGAACAAGUUCCCCACUAUCGCCAGGCUUUGGACAUGAUCCUUGAUUUGGAACCAGAUGAAGAGCUGGAGGAUAAUCCUAACCAGAGUGACUUGAUCGAACAGGCAGCUGAAAUGCUCUAUGGACUUAUUCACGCCCGCUAUAUCCUCACAAACCGUGGUAUUGCCCAGAUGCUUGAGAAAUACCAACAGGGAGACUUUGGAUACUGCCCUCGAGUUUAUUGUGAGAAUCAGCCUAUGCUGCCCAUUGGUUUAUCUGAUAUCCCAGGGGAAGCUAUGGUCAAACUGUACUGCCCCAAAUGUAUGGAUGUCUAUACUCCCAAAUCUUCCCGCCAUCAUCACACAGAUGGUGCCUAUUUUGGAACUGGUUUUCCUCACAUGUUAUUCAUGGUGCAUCCUGAAUAUCGGCCGAAGCGACCAGCCAAUCAGUUUGUGCCCAGACUUUAUGGAUUCAAGAUCCAUCCUAUGGCUUAUCAGCUGCAGCUUCAGGCCGCCAGCAAUUUUAAGAGCCCAGUCAAAACUAUCCGUUGAUCUUCUGUAUCCAGGUGCCCAGGAUCCUUCCCUGAAAACUUCCUUUACUCCAUUCAGGGCUGCUCAUACUUUGAUUUUUGGUGAAGUCCCCUAUGGACUGUUUGUCACUUUCGGCCUGAUUUUUAGUCUCAUUUCUGGUGCGUGGUUAAAAUGAAUAAUAAAACAAUUUCUGUUAAUUCCCAGAAACACAGACUGUGACAGAUGCAUUCGGUAGCCAACUUGAAUGUCAUAAUUUUGUGGGGGCUUUUUUUUUUCUUUUUUAAAAAUAAAAAAAAAUGUAAAAGGUAGAAUUAAGGGUCCUUUUUUGUCCAAGAGAAAGGACUAAAAUUUGGCAAGGAAUGCUAUAAAAUAAAGUAAAGAUACGUACAAUUAUAUCAGAAAAAUAAACCUGAAAGCACUGAAUUAUUUUGGUAGAAUCCCAGAUUCUAAUUGUAAAUGUAAUAUAAUGUACCACUCAUGCAUUUUUAUUUCAAAUAAUUGUCCACUUGAGUAUGUUUAUAAGGAGUGAAGGAAGAUGAACUAUUUGCGUAAGUAGAGUUUUAAAUAAAUAAUUAAAUAAU